AAUUCUCGCGAGACAAUUAUCAUCGAUACUCCUAUCUCCAUUAAAUUAACACCCGUGCACCCACACAACAUAGCCGUGCAAUAUUCUACGGACAGAAACACCACACCAUAAGCACAACCAUCAUAUUUCUCACCGUUCAAAUCCAUUAUGUCUGGAGGAUCUGAUUUCCUUUCCAAGGGGAUAGACCUCGUUCAAAAGGCUAUCGAUGCUGAUACCGCCACACGGUACGAAGAAGCCUACAAAUUGUACUACAACGGCUUGGAUUACCUUAUGCUUGCCAUCAAGUACGAAAAAAACCAAAAGUCCAAGGAAUUGAUUCGGUCCAAGUUUACUGAGUAUCUCACCCGAGCUGAACAGCUCAAAGACCAUUUGGAAAAACAGCUGCUGAAGUCCAACUCGGCCGAAAACUCCUCCACCAAUGGGUCCACCAAGGCCCGGAAACCAGGCGAAACUAGUGGUGAUGACGACGACGCCGAUACCAAGAAACUCAGAGGUGCUCUUGCUGGGGCUAUUCUCUCUGAGAAACCAGACGUUAAGUGGAGCGAUAUUGCCGGGUUGGAAAGCGCCAAAGAAGCGUUGAAAGAAGCAGUGAUCUUGCCCGUCAAGUUCCCCCAGUUGUUUAAAGGCAACCGGAAACCCACCUCGGGUAUUCUCCUUUACGGGCCUCCAGGUACUGGAAAAUCGUACCUCGCGAAAGCGGUAGCCACCGAAGCCAAUUCGACUUUUUUCUCUGUGUCAUCCUCGGACUUGGUUUCCAAGUGGAUGGGAGAGUCUGAGCGGUUGGUGAAGCAGUUAUUCACCAUGGCCCGUGAAAGCAAGCCGUCGAUCAUCUUUAUUGAUGAGGUGGAUGCCUUGUGUGGGCCUCGAGGUGAGGGAGAAAGUGAGGCUCUGAGAAGAAUUAAAACCGAGCUCUUGGUGCAAAUGAACGGGGUGGGUAACGAUUCCAGUGGCGUGUUGGUGUUGGGGGCCACGAACAUCCCAUGGCAAUUGGAUGCAGCUAUUAGACGGAGAUUUGAAAAGAGAAUCUAUAUUCCUUUACCUGAUGAAGAUGCCCGAACCCGGAUGUUCGAACUCAACGUGGGGGACGUGCCGUGUGAGUGUAACGCCCAGGAUCUUCGGGCAUUGGCAUCCAUGACCGACGGCUACUCGGGUCAUGAUAUUGCGGUGGUGGUGAGAGACGCAUUGAUGCAGCCCAUCCGGAAGAUUCAGCAGGCCACCCAUUUCAAGCCGGUGCAAGACCAAGAUGGCAAUAGGAAACUCACUCCAUGUUCGCCUGGAGACGAGGGGGCGGUUGAAACCAACUGGAUGGACAUUGGCACCGACGAGUUGCAGGAGCCGGACUUGACGAUAAAAGACUUUAUCAAGUCCAUCAAGAGCAACAGGCCUACUGUGAAUGCCUCGGACAUCGAGAACCACAUCAAGUUCACCGACGACUUUGGACAGGAGGGAAAUUGAUGGCUCCGGUAGUCCAGUUACAGUUACAGUCUUAAUAUCAUUUUCUAUUAUACACUAAUCAUUCGU